AUGCGUUUAGACGGCCGCCUCUCGUUCGACGAAUCCGAAAUCGAGCACGCGGCCAAGGACUUUGGCAACCGUCACAACCACACGCCGUUCGCCGUCCUUCUUCCGAAAUCGGUCAUCGACAUUUCUCGGGUCGUUAAACACGUUUUUGAGAUGGGCCCCACAUCGGAGCUGACCGUUGCCGCCCGAGGAAGCGGCCACUCCUUCGAGGGGCAGUCGCAGGCCGAGAGGGGUAUUAUCGUCCGCAUGGACUCGCUAAUUUCCGAGCCGCAUGGCGGCAUGGAAUUCUUUUGCGGGCCCGGAAAUUUAAACCCGUACGUUGACGUGUCGGCAGGCGAGCUCUGGAUAAAAAUACUACACGAGAGCCUCGGUCGAGGGCUGGCGCCUAAAUCGUGGACCGAUUAUCUUCAUCUCACAGUCGGGGGCACGCUCUCGUAUGCCGGGAUUAGUGGGCAGGCUUUUAGACACGGGCCGCAAAUCGAUAAUGUUUAUCGGCUUCAAGUUGUCACAGGCAGAGGAGAAAUCAUGAAUUGUUCGGAAGAACAAAAUACCGAUCUUUUCGAAGCUGUGCUCGGAGGAUUAGGACAAUUUGGUAUCAUAACACAGGCUAGAAUUGCACUUGAGCCAGCUCCAACUAUGGUUAAGUGGAUAAGAGCACUUUACUCGGAUUUUUCCGCGUUCACAACCGACCAAGAACUGCUCAUAUCUUCCGAGAACUCUUUCGACUACAUUGAAGGCUUUGUCGCCAUAAAUAAAACGAGCCUUUUGAAGAACUGGAAUUCGAAUUUCACUCCUAGAGAUCCUGUCCGUGCCGACCAAUUUGUGUCCGAUGGAAAGAUUCUGUUUUGCUUAGAGGUUGCGAAAUAUUUCCAGCGCGAAGAUUCUCCUUGCGUCGAUCAGGAAAUCGAAAAUAUUUUAUCGGGAUUGAGCUACAUCAAGUCCACGCUAUUCGAGACGAAAGUCUCGUAUGUCGAUUUUCUCGACCGAGUGCACAUUUCCGAAAUUACCCUCCGAGAGAAGGGCUUAUGGGAGGUACCUCACCCCUGGUUGAAUCUUUUUGUUCCGAAAAGCAGCAUUCAUGAAUUCGCGGAAAAAAUUUUCGGGAAUGUUGUUAAGGAGACGAGCAGUGGUCCUGUUCUAAUCUAUCCGGUUGAUAAAUCAAGGUGGAAAGUACAUCGAAAGUCGCUAAUCACGCCCGAUGAGAAUGUUUUCUACUUAGUCGCAUUUUUAUCUACGGCAGUGGGUAAAGAUCGUUUGGAUAGACUUUUAACUCGGAACAAAAAGAUUCUCGAUUACUGCAAGAAGUCGAAACUCGGGAUCAAACAGUAUUUGCCUUAUUACAGCACUACAGAAGAGUGGAAAGAGCAUUUCGGGUCGCGAUGGGAAGUUUUUUCGAGAAGGAAGUCGGAUUACGAUCCUCUAGCAAUCUUGGCUCCCGGGCAGAGGAUUUUUCCGAGGUCGCGCGCGAUCGGGCAGCGAUAA